UUAAGUGGGAAACUGAAGCCAUUACUCUCCAAACCCUGUUUCAUCUUCCCAAGCAUGUCAGAAAGCUGGCAGCAGCCACCACAGACGCAACCGCAGCAGCCUCAGCAGCCACAACCUCCGCAGCCUCAGCACCAUGCGGAGCCGCCGCCGGCCCUGGCUGAGCACACGCUGCCCACAGGCACGGCUGAGAACCCCCUGGGCUGUGCCGUCUACGGCAUCCUCCUGCAGCCGGACCCGGGCCUGCAGCCCCCGCAGCAUGCGCCCCUGCAGGCGGCAGGCGAGCCAGGCCCCAAGUGCGGGGUGUGUGGGCAUGACCUGGCGCACCUGUCCAGCUCCCAGGAACACCAAUGCCUGGCAGGCCACGAUCGCUCAUUCCAGUGCACGCAGUGUCUCAAGAUCUUCCACCAGGCCACGGACCUGUUAGAGCACCAGUGUGUGCAGGCCGAACAGAAGCCUUUCGUCUGCGGUGUCUGCAAGAUGGGCUUCUCACUGCUCACCUCGCUGGCACAGCACCACAGUGCACACAGUGGUGCUGGUGGCCUCGUAAAAUGUUCCAUCUGUGAGAAGACCUACAAGCCAGCAGAGGCGGCUGAGCCGGCGGCCACCGCUGCCCCCGCGCUGCCCCCGGCACCUACUGUCACUACUGCUGAACAGACCGACAAGCCCUACAGCUGCUCCAUCUGCCAGAAGCCCUUCAAGCACCUGUCGGAGCUCUCGCGGCACGAGCGGAUCCACACGGGGGAGAAGCCGUACAAGUGCACGUUGUGCGAUAAGAGCUUCAGCCAGUCGUCCCACCUGGUGCACCACAAGCGCACGCACAGCGCCGAGCGGCCCUACAAGUGCGCAGUCUGCGAGAAGACCUUCAAGCACCGCUCUCACCUGGUGCGCCACAUGUACGCGCACUCGGGCGAGCACCACCUGUUCCGCUGCAAUGUGUGUGAGCUGCACUUCAAGGAGUCCUCGGAGCUGCUGCAGCACCCGUGCACGCCGAGCGGGGAGCGGCCCUUCCGCUGCGGCGAGUGCCAGAAGGCCUUCAAGCGGCCGUCGGACCUGAGGCAACACGAGCGCACGCACAGCGCCGAGCGGCCCUUCAAGUGCGACCUGUGCCCCAUGGGCUUCAAGCAGCAGUACGCGCUGAUGCGGCACCGGCGCACGCACAAGACCGAGGAGCCCUUCAAGUGCGGCCUGUGCGAGAAGGGCUUCGGGCAGCCCAGCCACCUGCUCUACCACCAGCACGUGCACACCCUCGAGACCCUCUUCAAGUGCCCCGUGUGCCAGAAGGGCUUCGACCAGUCGGCCGAGCUGCUGCGGCACAAGUGCCUGCCGGGCGCUGCCGAGCGGCCCUUCAAGUGCCCCGUGUGUAACAAGGCCUACAAGCGGGCGUCAGCCCUGCAGAAGCACCAGUUGGCCCACUGCGCGGCCGCCGAGAAGCCCCUGCGCUGCACCCUGUGCGAGCGCCGCUUCUUCUCUUCCUCGGAGUUCGUGCAGCACCGCUGUGACCCAGCCCGCGAGAAGCCUCUCAAGUGCCUGGACUGCGAGAAGCGCUUCAAGUACGCGUCCGACCUGCAGCGGCACCGGAGGGUGCACACGGGCGAGAAGCCCUACAAGUGCCCCAACUGCGACAAGGCCUUCAAGCAGCGCGAGCAUCUCAACAAGCACCAAGGUGUGCACGCGCGCGAGCAGCAGUUCAAGUGCGUGUGGUGUGGUGAGCGCUUCCUGGACGUGGCCCUGCUGCAGGAGCACAGCGCGCAGCACAGCGCAGCCGCCGCUGCUGCCGAGGGCGCCUACCAGGUGGCCGCCUGCUUGCCCUGAGCUCUCACGGGCCCCCACCAGGCCCAGCCUCCCACCCAGCUUGGUGUUCUAAGGUCCGGGACAUGAGAACAGAGAGGGCAGUGGGCAGAUGGAGGGGGUGGUUGCCCGACACUCCUGGCACUGGCCUAGCGGUAGUGGGGGCAGCUUGAUUGCUGCGGCUGGCCCUGAAUCCUAAAACGUCUUUCCCGUGAUGGGAUUAGGUUUCAUGAGGGGACCCGGAGCCAGGCUGAAAGUCAAGUGACCUCUCCCCACCCCAAGAAAGGGGUGAUGCCGGCCCAGCCUUCCCAACCCCGUUCAGCCUGAUUAGAAACCAGAUAGGUUAGGAAAGAGGAUGACCACAGCAGAGCCUGGGAGAAGGGCCAGCACCCCAGAGGGCAGUCAGGUGUAGGGAGAGAACAAAAACCAAACCUAUUGCCAUCCAGUUGACACAUGGUGCCCCCAGGGGUAGAAGUGCUCUGCAGGGUUUUCUUGGCUGUAAUCUUUACGGAAGCAGAUCUCCAGGUCUUUCUUCUGUGGCAUCACUGGGUGGGUCUGAACCACCAACCUUUAGAUUAGUAGUCAAGGGCAAACCGUUUGAGCCAGCCAGGGAUCUUGGAUGUAGAGCAUUCCCCCUCAAAUUGCUGUUUGGGGGAGCAGGCCAGAUUUGUUACAUGGUCCUGGGGACCAGGAGGGCAGGCAGUGAGCCAAUUUUUUUUUGUCUGCUCCCACCUGGGACGCCUGCGCCUGCCAGCUCUCUGACGUGCAGGAUGUGCCAGAUGAGGUCUCAGGGUUGUGUCUACCUAGAAAGUGGCCAGCCCAGCCAGAGGGGGCUAGAGAAGUUCUCUGGAACCCUAGGCUGGGGACGGUGCCAUCCGG